CCCGCCCCGCCCUCCCCCGGUCUCUUAGGUGAUGCUGCAGCCAAGAUGGCGCUGGCGGCGGCCGUGGCGGCCUGAACGUCAUGCUCCGGCCUCUCCACCGGGUCAGUGGCGGCGGCGGCGGCGGCGGCUGGGGCCUCAGCCAGGGCCUCGAGUCUCUCGCGGGCGUGAGCGCCCAGGCGCCCCUCCUCCGGCCGGGUGAGUCCGGUCAGGGUCAGAGUGCAGACGGCCGGUAAGAGAAGAGGCUGUGCGGAGCAGUGAGAGCGCGCGACUCUUCGCGCCCCGGCACCAUGGCCGGGAUCAUCAAGAAGCAGAUCCUGAAGCACCUCUCCAGAUUUACCAAGAAUUUAUCUCCUGACAAGAUAAAUCUAAGUACCCUUAAAGGAGAAGGUGAAUUGAAAAAUUUGGAGUUGGAUGAAGAGGUACUCCAGAAUAUGUUGGAUUUACCCACAUGGCUUGCAAUCAACAGAGUUUUUUGUAAUAAAGCAUCCAUUAGGAUCCCAUGGACAAAACUGAAAACACAUCCUAUCUGUUUGUCUUUAGAUAAAGUCAUAAUGGAGAUGAGUACAUGUGAAGAACCUCGAGCCCCUAAUGGCCCGUCACCAAUUGCCACUGCUUCAGGACAAAGUGAAUAUGGCUUUGCUGAAAAAGUAGUUGAGGGAAUUACUGUUUCUGUAAAUUCUAUUGUCAUCAGAAUUGGAGCAAAAGCUUUCAAUGCAUCUUUUGAACUUUCUCACCUGCGGAUCUAUAGUGUCAAUGCAAACUGGGAGCACGGAGAUUUAAGGUUUACUCGUAUUCAGGAUCCACAGAGAGGAGAAGUUUUGACAUUUAAAGAAAUAAAUUGGCAGAUGAUUCGAAUAGAGGCAGAUGCUACCCAAAGUUCACAUCUUGAAAUUAUGAGUGCUCCUGUUCGAUUAAUAACCAACCAAUCAAAAAUCAGAGUCACACUUAAAAGAAGAUUAAAAGACUGCAAUGUCGUAGCAACAAAGUUAGUUCUAAUAUUGGAUGACUUAUUAUGGGUUUUAACGGAUUCACAGCUGAAAGCUAUGGUACAAUAUGCAAAAUCUCUUAGUGAAGCAAUAGAAAAAUCAACAGAACAAAGGAAGAGUCUGGCUCCUGAACCCACACAGAGCUCUGCAGUUACUCCCUCUACUCAGCAAGUGAAGACGCCACAGACUUCCAAUGCUCCUGAUCUUAAUGAUGCAAUUGUGAAGCUGUUCAAUGACUUUGAUGUGAAAGAAACCUCCCAUCAUUUAGUGAUUUCUCAUCUGGAUCUACACAUAUGUGAUGAUAUUCAUGCAAAAGAAAAAGAGUCAAACAGACGUAUCACUGGAGGUGCUAUGCAACUGUCUUUUACAUACCUAACUAUAGAUUAUUAUCCUUACCAUAAAGCAGGAGAUAGUUGUAAUCAUUGGAUGUAUUUUAGUGAUGCAACCAAAACGAAAACUGGAUGGGCCAGUGAGUUGUUACAUGAAUUUGAGUGCAACGUUGAAAUGCUUAAACAGGCUGUGAAGGAUCAUAAAGUAGGCUCCCCACCUAAAUCCCCGACACACGGCUCUCCCCAGCACACACAAACAGAGAAGGAGUCUGCUCUGAAAGGGACCUCCAGAAUGUCUGCAGUGUUACCUCAGCCGUCAAAAGCUAAGCUGAUGUCCAGCUCUGUUGUGGUUAGACUUGCAGAUUUCAAUAUAUACCAGGUCUCUACAGCAGAACAAUGUCAUUCUUCCCCCAAAAGUAUGAUUUCCUGCAAUAAGAAAUCACUAUAUCUUCCACAAGAAAUGUCAGCUGUCUAUAUAGAAUUCACAGAAUAUUACUAUCCUGAUGGAAAGGAUUUUCCAAUUCCGUCUCCCAACCUGUAUGGCCAGCUGAAUGCACUACAGUUUACUGUGGAUGAAAGAAGCAUUCUGUGGUUAAAUCAGUUUCUGUUGGAUUUAAAACAGAGUCUCAAUCAGUUCAUGACUGUGUACAAACUGAAUGACAAUUCAAAAUCUGACGAGCAUGUUGAUGUUCGGGUUGAUGGCUUAAUGCUAAAGAUUGUCAUUCCUUCUGAAAUGAAAUCAGAAUGUCACCGAGAUCAACCACAUGCUGUUUCCAUUCAGAGUUCUGAAAUGAUCGCCACCAAUACAAGGCACUGUCCAAACUGUCGACAUUCUGAUCUAGAAGCUUUGUUUCAAGACUUCAAAGAUUGUGAUUUUUUUAGUAGAACAUACACUAGCUUCCCUAAAUCUUGUGACAACUUUAAUCUUCUACAUCCAAUCUUCCAGAGACAUGCUCAUGAACAAGAUACCAAAAUGCAUGAAGUUUACAAAGGAAACAUUACUCCCAAAUUGAAUAAACACACUCUUAAAACUUCUGCUGCCACGGAUGUUUGGGCUGUGUACUUUUCUCAAUUUUGGAUAGAUUACGAAGGGAUGAAAAGUGGAAAAGGACGACCAGUAAGUUUUGUAGACUCUUUCCCUCUGUCUCUCUGGAUUUGUCAGCCAGCAAGGUACGCAGAGUCACAAAAAGAGCUGCAGACCUGUAAUCGGAUACCCAUAAAUACAUCACAGAGCGAAUCUAGUGACCUGGCUGGCCGACUGAAGCGGAAGAAGCUCCUAAAGGAGUAUUACAGCACAGAGUCUGAGCCUGUGACAAGGGGGGACCAGAAACCUCCAUCAGAUACAUCGCUACGAGUUUCCUCUUCACCACCAGACGCAGAUAUUCACGUUCUGGUUCGUGUUAAUAAACACGUCAGUAUGCAGAUCAAUCACUACCAGUAUCUUCUCCUACUUUUCCUACACGAGUCACUUAUUCUGCUUUCAGAGAACUUAAGGAAAGACGUAGAAGCUGUGACUGGCACUCCUCCGGCUCAGAUGUCUAUUUGCAUUGGGAUUUUACUGAGAAGUGCAGAACUGGCUCUUCUGCUACAUCCAGUGGAUCAAGCCAAUCCUCUGAAGUCUCCUGUUUCAGAUAGUGGGAGCCCAUUGGUUCCUGAGGAUUUGCCGCCAGAAAAUGGAGAAUUUUUGUCUUCAAAAAGAAAACAAGUUAGUAGUGGUAUAAAUCAAAUUAGAAGUGUAGCUGUUAAUCAUAUGUCAGAUAACAGAUCUAUGAGCGUUGACCUUAGCCAUGUCCCUUUAAAGGACCCUCUGCUGUUUAAAUCAGCUAGCGAUACAAAUCUGCAAAAAGGUACUUUCCUGGACUAUUUAUCAGAUAAGCAUUUAGGGAAAAUAAGUGAAGAUGAAAGUAGUGGACUUGUUUACAAAGGUGGCUCAGGAGAAAUUGGAUCAGAAAUAAAUGACAGAAAAGUGUCAUCGCAUACAGAUUCAAAUCAUGUCUUAAACUACCAAGAAGACUUGAAUAGGCUGUCAUUUGACAAUGAUAGUAAUCAGAAUAUACUUUCAAUUAGUUUAACGAGUAAAGGAAGUGAAACCACAGAGCCAAACAUUAAGCCUGAAGAUUUGCUUCUAGAUGCAGCUUCAUCCCCUGACAACCUGGAAAUCAGUAAAGAAGAGGCAUCUGCACUUAGAACACUUAAAUCACAGUCAUCUUUCAGUAAUCCUCUAGUGACUUUGUUUGCUAGCAGCGGGAAGCCUAAGGAACGUUGCUCCCCCAACCUGCCGCCGCUCAGUGUUUCUCAUAAGAGCAUGAAAAGAAGCUCCUCACAGAUUUCACUGGACACCAUUUCUCUGGACAGCAUGAUACUGGAAGAGCAGCUAUUGGAAAGUGAUGGAAGUGAUAGUCAUAUAUUUCUGGAAAAAGAAAUUAAAAAGAACUCUACUGCCAACUAUCAGAGCCCAGCAGAGAGUGUGAGCACCAGCGCAAAUCUGCAGAAAUUUGGUGAAUCCUCCCCAGAUGCCAUUAGUACCAAUUCGGAGUGUGCUCAAGAAAACCAUGAUGACCUGAUGUCAGUUGUGGUGUUUAAAAUUACUGGCGUUUACGGGGAAAUUGAUAUCCGAGGAGAAGAUACAGAAAUCUGUCUUCAAGUGAACCAGGUGACGCCAGACCAAUUAGGCAAUAUCAGUCUUCGGCAUUACCUUUGUAAUCGUCCAGUCGGUUCUGAUCGGAAAUCUGUAACUCAUUCCAAAUCCCCUCCUGAGAUCUCACUGAGGUUUGAAAGUGGACCUAGCGCUCUGAUGCACUCAUUGCUUGCAGAAAAAAAUGGAUUUCUACAAUGCCAUAUAGAAAACUUCAGCACCGAGUUUCUUACAUCUUCUCUUAUGAAUAUUCAACAUUUUUUGGAAGAUGAAACUGUUGCAACAGUAAUGCCAAUGAAGAUACAAGUUUCUAACACAAAAAUAAAUUUGAAAGAUGACAGUCCUCGGAGUAGCGCAAUGUCCCUUGAACCAGCUCCUGUGACUGUGCAUAUUGAUCGUCUCGUGGUGGAAAGAAAUGAUGACGGCUCUUUUCAUAUCCGAGAUUCUCGUAUGCUUGACACUGAAACCGAUUUGAGAGGAAACGUCAGAAGUGACUCGGCACCGCUGAGCAGCGGCAGGGGUGACCGGAAGAAACAGCACAGUGUCACACAGGCGACUCAGACGAGCCCCGAGGCCCCGCCGCCCUCUCCGGCAGUGAGCUUUCCUGAGUGCUCCUUGGACUUCACACGGGAACAGCUCAUAGAAGAGAAUGAAUCUCUUAAACAGGAACUGGCGAAAGCUAAAAUGGCUCUUGCAGAGGCUCACUUAGAAAAAGACGCGCUUCUUCAUCAGAUAAAGAAGAUGACAGGACCCGACAAUACCGUUCUUUUGUGGGUAGCUCCUCACUGCCGACCAGCCAUGACCUCCCAGAUUCGUCAGAAUUAUUCCACCAAGGUGGAGGCUGGCGUCAACUGCUUGGUGAACCUGCACGUGCGGGCCUCCUACACCUACCUCUCUCUGGGCUACUACUUCGACCGUGACAAUGUGGCUCUGGCGGAUGUGGGCCAUUUCUUCCGCGAGCUGGCUGAGGAGAAACGUGAGGGCGCCGAGCACCUCCUGAAGAUGCAAAACCAGCGCAGCGGCCGCGCUCUCUUCCAGGACAUGCAGAAACCUUCUGAAGAUGAGUGGGGUAAAACACUGGAUGCCAUGGAAGCUGCCCUGGCCCAGGAGAAAAACCUGAACCAAACUCUUCCAGAUCUUCAUGCCUUGGGCUCUGCCAAGACAGACCCCCAUAUCUGUGGUUUCCUGGAGAGCCACUUCCUAGAUGAGGAGGUGAAGCUCCUCAAGCAGAUAGGUGACCUCACCACCCUCCGCAGGCUGGCGGCCCCCGGGCUGGGCGGGGCGAGCACCUCUUUGAAAGGCUCACCCUUAAGCACGACUAGGAGGCUGCGCAGCCUGGCAGUCUUCUGAGGGGCUCCUGCAUCACCUGUAUCAAGGCUUCAGCCAGGGCUGGUGAUAUAGCUCAGUGGCACAAGCGCCUGCCCUGCAAGCACAAGGUUCAGGGUUCAGUCCCUAGUACCACAAAAAAACAAAAACAAAAGCUUCGGCCUAACCCUCUUCCUCCAGCCACUAGGCAGCUUUUUCAUCUCUCUGGAGCCCCCUCCCAAAUCUUGGACCAAAAGAAAAUAAAGCCUUUUGCAGCAAAAAAAA